AGAAAGAAAUGGGGAAAAGAAAAGGUCGUCGUCAAUCACAAAAAACCCUAAAUAACGAUAAUAAUAAUAAUAAUUCCAAUUCUAGUGAAGACGAUUCAUUAUUACUCAGAUCAGAGGAUUUAGAUGAAGAAAAAUCAGAAUCAGAUGGAGAGUUUUUCGGUUGUUAUCUGCUGACGUCACUCUGUCCUCGUUAUAAAGGCCACACUUACAUUGGGUUUACAGUGAACCCACAACGGCGAAUUAGGCAACAUAAUGGGGAGUUAUGCAGCGGUGCAUUUAGGACGAAGAAAAAACGUCCUUGGGAAAUGGUACUUUGUAUAUACGGUUUCCCUACAAACGUUGCUGCACUUCAGUUUGAGUGGGCUUGGCAACACCCUGUGGAAUCGUUGGCAGUUAGAAAGGCGGCGGUUGGUUUUAAAUCUCUUGGCGGACUUGCAAAUAAGAUCAAACUUGCAUACACAAUGCUCACAUUGCCAUCCUGGAACAAGUUGAACCUGACUGUAAACUUUUUCUCAACAAAAUACACAACACAUUAUGCUGGGUGCCCUACCUUGCCUAGCCACAUGAGGGUACACGUUCGUUCCAUGGACGAACUUCCAUGUUACACAGAAGGAUAUAAAGACAUAGAAGAUGAUUUGUUUAAAUUUGAAAAUGAUUUGUCGGGUGAUGAAGAAGAAACAGAAAAAAGUGGUGGUUCCAACGAUUUUGAGGCAACAGUUGAAGACGUAACUGUUUCAGUUUCUGCUUCUGUAGAUCAUCACAACAUUGAAGCAGAAGCGACUUGUGUUUCAGAUACUCGAAAUUAUAAACGACCAUUCUGCAAUGAUGAUUUGUGGGAUGAUGAACCUGAAAAAUCUGGCGGAUGUCGUGAAUCGCAGGCAAGGUUUGGAGAUAUAACGAUGUCAGUUCCAGUUUCUUUGGACAAUCACACGAAUGAAAAUAACGCGAUCUGCGUGUCAGAUGAUGAAAAUUAUGAACUACCAUCUUGCAUUAAUAAAUCUCCAGGAAGGUUGUUUGUUAACAUUCCCGAAAGUUCAUUUACUACAGGCUCUGACUAUUGCGGUGUUACUUCUCCAAUAACGGGAAACAAAGAUGGUAAAAAGGAUUGCAUUACGGAUAAAGAUGGGCCCGGAGCCGAAAUUUCUGGCCCAGUUGAGGUGAUAGAUGUGUUUACUCCAUCUCCAGAGUACAGAGCUAAUUUCCGAAGGAAGAAAAGAGCGGUGUCUGCUGUUUGUCCUGAGGUCAUUGACCUGACAGAGUCACCCAUAUGUGUGUAAUUAGUGUUUUUCUAUUGAUCAUAUGUUAUAGUUGCAUACUGUUUUUUUUUUAUUUAGUUAUAAAAUCAACAAUUCAUGUAUGCUUGUACCGUUGAUAUCCAAUAAAAGACUUGUUUACAAUUAA